AUGAGCGGACAGGCAGACCAGACAGAGGAACACAUCAUAUCAGCAGAUGACAUUCUUGUCAAGCUUCCACAUCCCCAACAAGAUGCUGAGAUGCAAGGUGUUGAAGAAGACAAACCAAACUUUCCAGCACUUAAACCACAAGAUUUAAUGAGUGGCAAAAAGGAGACUCGACGAGUCUUGAUACCUCCUCAUCGAUUGACACCGUUAAAGAAGAACUGGAUGCAGAUAUACACGCCGCUAGUGGAGAACAUGAAGCUGCAAGUUAGGAUGAAUCUGAAGGCUAGAGCUGUUGAACUGAGAACGUGCCCAGAGACUGAGGAGACAGGUGCUCUACAGAAAGGAGCUGAUUUCGUCAAGGCUUUCAGUCUUGGAUUUGAGAUUGAUGAUGCCCUGGCUCUGCUCAGACUAGACGACAUAUACAUUGACACAUUUGAAAUCAAGGAUGUCAAAACCCUACAUGGCGACCAUCUCUCGCGAGCCAUUGGCCGAAUAGUGGGCAAGGACGGCAAAACACGAUUCGCCAUUGAAAACGCUUCGAGAACACGUAUCGUGGUAGCAGAUUCCAAGAUUCAUAUCUUGGGAUCGUUUGGAAAUAUCAAGAUUGCUCGAGAUGCUGUUGUGAAUCUCAUAUUGGGUGCUAGUCCGGGAAAGGUGUAUUCGCAUUUGAGGAUUGUGGGAGCUCGUAUGAAGGAGAAGGUGUAUUCUGUACCUGAGUUGGCUCCUUUUAUAAAAACGACUGGUGUUUCAAUCGAGCUGCCUGGAACGAAGGAAAAUGGAUUUUCUGGCAUCUAUCGAUCUGCACUCUUGCCAAACAAACUAGUUCACGGCUGGAGCGAUUGUAAAACAAUCUAUGAAGCUUUCGAGUCUGGUUGUGCAAAGGCGGGCAAGGAUGCUCCUUGUCUCGGUCACAAGGAACGCCAAGUUAGCAAUGGUGUCGUUACUUGGACUGGCUAUGUAUAUCAAUCUUGGGCAGAAGUCGGGCGUCGUCGUCUAGAAUUCGGAGCUGGAUUGCAAGAGAUCCGUGCUAGUAUCGUCAAGGCUGACGUAAAUGACAAGUGGCCUGUUGGUAUCUAUGCCAUCAACAGACCAGAAUGGUAUAUCACCGACCACGCCGUCCACGCAUACUCAAACAUGACAGUCGCACUCUUUGACACAUUGGGGCCAGAUUCAGUCACCUACAUCAUCAAUCACGCCAACUUGAGUGUCGUAGUAUGCAGUAUCGAACGAGUACCAAACUUGUUGGCUGUCGCUUCUCGAUGUCCAAGUCUCAAAUGCAUCGUGUCUAUGGACUCGUUGACUAACCCAGGAGUCAUUCCUCAACCUGGGUCUCUGUUGAAACAGUGGGCUGCUGAAAAGGGAAUUACCUUGUUGGGCUUUGGUGAAGUUGAGGCUUUGGGUCGUGCUCAUCCUCAUCCUUUACGCAAGCCUGCUCCUGAGGAUAUCGCUACCUUGUGUUAUACUUCUGGAACUACAGGCAAUCCAAGUAAAGUAAGAGGAGACUUCAUCCGAAGGCGACGAAUGGGCGCAAUCGUCACUCAUGAUAACUUUAUUUCAUCUGCACAUGCUCUACAAAUCAUUGGUAUUGACUUUUCAGCUGGUCAGCGAUACAUUUCAUACUUGCCUCUGGCGCAUAUCUAUGACAGAAACAAUUUGGUCGGUGCUACUCGUGGUGGUUGUGUAAUUGGUUUCUCCCGUGGUGAUGUCGCAUUACUCUUUGCCGACAUUGCCGAAUUCAAACCCCACAUAUUCGCAUCCGUACCUCGUCUCCUCAACCGUCUACACGCAGCCAUCAUGAAUGCAACUGUAAACUCUAAUUCAAAAGUGACUUCAACUCUUUUCAAAAUGGCACUUGAUGCCAAAACUGCCAAUUUGAACAAUCAUGGUACUUUAACACAUUCAUUGUGGGAUCGGUUGGUGUUUGCCAAAGUCAAGAAUCUUUUGGGAGGAAACGUCAAACUCAUUACGAGUGGAAGUGCACCGAUUUCUGGUGAAGUCUUGACCUUCCUUCGAGUUGUGUUUAGUUGUGAGGUUGUGGAAGGAUGGGGAGCAACUGAGACCGCUGCCUCUGGAACAGUCAACUUGCAAACUGAUUACACUUCUGGCGGAAAGAUUGGUGCCAUCAUUCCUUGCUCUGAAAUUCGAUUGGCUGACAUUCCUGAAAUGAAGUAUACUUCAACGGACAAGCCCUUCCCCAGAGGUGAAAUCCUCAUACGUGGUCCUAACGUGUUCCAGGGCUACUACAAGGAUGUUGAAAAGACCAAGGAAGCUCUUGUUGAUGGAUGGUACUACACUGGAGACGUUGGUGCUAUUGAUGAGAAGGGUCGCUUGCAAAUCGUUGAUCGACGCAAGCAUAUUUUCAAGUUGGCUCAAGGAGAGUACGUUGCUCCAGAGAAGCUAGAAAACAUUUUCUUGCAAAGUGACUACAUCAUGCAAUGCUUCGUGUGGGGUGAUUCUCUCCAAAACUGUUUGGUAGCUGUGAUUGUACCAGAAGCAGAAACUUCCAUGAAACUUGCCAUGGAAAAAGGAUGGCUCCCUAAAGGAACACCUAUUCCAGCUCUUGGUGUUCAAUCCGAUGGCUAUGUUGCCUUGAGUCGUGAUGCUCGAUACAAGCAACUUGUGUUGGCUGAUAUGCAAAAGUUGGCCAAAAAGUACAAACUCUCAGGCUUUGAGAUUCCCAAGGACGUUUUCGUAACCCCUGAAAUGAUGUCCAUUGACAAUGGAUUGUUGACACCUACUCUCAAAGUUAUGAGAAAUGUUGCAGCUGAAAAGUUCCGUCCUCACAUUGAUGAGAUGUAUGGUAAAAUAAAUGCAUCUGCCAAGGUUGAAGAUUUGGGCAAACUGUAA